UAAUCUCCAAGUUCCUCCUCCCUCUUUUUCUCUUGCAAUUAAAAGAAAAUAAACUGGGUUGUUUGUGCUGCAGAGCCCUAAUCUCUCUUGAACCCACUUCAAUCAGGCUUUAAUCCCCACAACUCCACCAAAACUGUUCUUGUCAAGAUGUAUAAGGUAGACCUGUCACCAGAUCCCAAGGAGGUAGCAGCCAUCGAGGCUAGAAGAAAUCGAGAAAAGGAGCGACAGAGCCGAAUCUUCAAUGUGCGGACCCGAGUCAUGGGGGUGGAUGUUGAAGCCCUGAACAGCCAGGUGGAAGAACGAAAGCUUCGGGAGGCAACAGAGCAGAGCAAGGAGGCAGCUUAUGGUACCAACCAGGUGCAGUAUGAUCUGGUAGCCCAGAUGCUAGAGAAGGAACAGGCAGAACGAACACGUCGGCUGGCCAAAAAAGUCCAGGAGUUUCGGGAACAGAAGCAGCAGCUCAAGAACAGGCGUGAAUUUGACCUUUGGGAUCCAGAACAACUCCAGAAUGAAUUUCCAGCCCAUCUUGGUGACAGUGAUCCCCACUGUGGCCCAGCUAGCCUGCAGUGGUUCUCUGGAGAGGACCUGUACAGGGCCACGUGCCUGAGAAUGCAGCAGGAACAGUUCAGGUACAGCCUGGAGAGGCAGCUGCAGGAGCAACAGCAAGCCAAGGCUGAUGAGAAGUGUGCAGAUAUGCUCAGUGACCAGCUGCGCCUAGCCAUGGACAUGCGGGCCACCCAGCUGGCCAAGCUGGAGGAGUCCUGUCGUGUGGCCAUGAUGUCUGCCAUGGCCAACGCCAACAAAGCCCAGGCAGCUGAGCUGGCUGAGCGGCAGUGCCGUGAGCAUCAGCAUGAACAGGAGGCCAACCUCAUGGAGAUCCAGAACCAGAUUAUGAGCGACUUGCUGACUGAGAACCCCCAGGUCGCCCAACACCCUAUGGCUCCCCACCGGGUCCUGCCCUAUUGUUGGAAGGGCAUGACUCCAGAGCAGCGAGCUGCCAUCAGGAAAGUCCAGGAGGCACAAUGCUCUGAAAAGGAGGCACAGCGCCAGGCUGAACAAGCACUGGAUGCCAAAUGGGAAAGCCAGGCCAUGCGCUCAGCCCAGGCAGCAAUGGAGCUAGAAGAGCAGGAGAGGGAACUGUGUGCUGAAUUUCGGAGAGGGCUGGGUUCCUUCAACCAGCAGCUGGCUAAGGAGCAAAAUGCCCAGCAGAAUUAUCUGAAUUCAAUAAUCUACACCAAUCAACCUACAGCCCAAUAUCAUCUACAGUUCAACACCAGCAGCCGCUGAGCUCAGGAUAGUCAUCUCUCCCUCCUCCCCCUUCAAGCUCACAGAGGCCAGGAGUCAGAGAGGAAUACGCUGCAGACCCCCUUCCCCAAUCCAUUCCCCAGAGGGAGAGAGCUGAGCCAAUACCCCCACCUUCAACCCUAAGUAAUAAAGUUAUUCACUAAAAUCAAGGCCAUGUGUUGUAAUAGGACACAAAAUGUGUGAGGUACUGCCUUUCCCACCCUACCCCUGGGCUCUGAGCAUCCAACCCUUUCAGAGUCUUCACCCAUUCACCUUUCUUCCCCAUGCCAGUUCCUUCAGCACACAGCACUGCCCACUCCCUGUGAGAAAUAGAGACUUUAUUAGGCACAGAGGGUGACUAAUGGGCAGUUACAAAAUGGCUACUGGGCUUUCUCCCAAGCUGGAGUA